GAAGUCUCUAAUGGUCUAACGAAACACGAACCAAUUUAGGAAAGAUUAAAAUAUCAAAAGGGAACAGGACAAGUGCAAACAAAGCUAGGAGGUCCGAGUAACCAGAGUUGCGUAUGAAUAAUACAAGAUUUACCGGUCGGCCUUUGCAUAGCAACCACCGUUAGCUUGACUGACAACCAGCCUGCUAUGUACAACUGUGGUAUAUUUCACAGCGCUAUUCACGACUGGUUGUAAGCCAGUCACUCGACUAAAUCGCCUUGGGUGGAUUUUAUCGACUUGUAUAGUGGAAGGAAUCAGAGAGUUUAGUGCAGCACGUGAACAUUCGGAACCAGAUAUCUUGGAGAACUUGGUCGAGACACACAACAAAAUCUUUCGCGUUAAUCAGACCCACACAAAAAGUGUAACUGAAGAAACUUUCGAGGUUUCUGGAGAUUUUGAGUGCGGAAAAUACAUCGGAGUGUAUCCGAUUUUCAGAUUUGUUCAAACAUGUCUGCCUCCCCAUCCUCCCCCCGCCGAUCCAAGUCUCGGAUGAACAAGCUCUACCGCACCCCGCCUACUCCGCCACCCCAGGAGCUGCUGGGAAAGGAACAUACGUUUGUUCUGGACUGUAAUGCAGUCAGCAGUAUAUCCAGUGACUAUUCUAAAGCCAACCCUAAACUAGGGCCCGUGGUUCCCCCGUACAACUCCCAGAAGGACGGCCACGUCGCACCUUACUUCAAGUUCCAUGGAGUUGAGAGGACGCUACGGAGGACCGGCCAGGAAACACCUGGGACUUCCAUUGACGGUCAGGUCAUGGAUUAUUUCCACGAGAAGGGAGCUGGCUACCAAUACCUGUCCAUGAGGAACCAGUCUGGCGCUGGUCAUUCACCAGAUGUAGUUAACGGGCAUGCGCAGUUCAUGCAAGGGGUGAAACCUGUAGUCGGAUACAAUGGGAAAUACGGUUUCCGUAGGAAUACACCUUGGCUUCGGCAAUAUCCGUCACCUUUCGGAACAGCCUCCCGAUCCCCGACACAGUAGAGGAACAGACUGACCACGCGUCUUCUGUGAUGACUUCAUCAGAUAUUUCCAUGAACGCCAAGGGAGCCUACUCUCUUUGACAUUUUGAGCAAUACCUGCCGACUUAAGUCCCAGGAGGUGAUUCCAAGUGUCUAAGCUGAUGUGAUAUGAAACAGUUGCUCAAAUAUCAGAUAUUUUCGAUUAGACGUUUUAGUUAAUGUUGAUUUCACGGAUGCCCAUCUCGCAGUCUGACACUUCGUGAGGUUUGGGAAAGAACAUCUUGUGUCUUUCCGAGGGCUAUAUAAAGUGUAUACUACAACCAGUAUUAUCCCACAGGGGUGUAAAACAGUCACAUAUGCGAGGCUGAACACAAUAAUCAAAAUACGGAUCGGGGCAUUGGGGAUAGUGCCACGUUUUUCCUUGUCAUUUCAAACCACAUCUGAAUCUUCUGUAAUCGUCUUUGCAGACAACAGAGAUAUAGCAUACUUAAUUGACCUUAAGUGGGAGUCUCCCUGUUGAAAAUUGGUCAAGCCCGCCUAUUGCUUCUGUGACAAGUGUUACAAUCACAAAUAUUCAAAGGUGCAGGCUAUUGGUUAAUUCAAAAAGAGGCUUGCAUGCCAAUCGGAGGCUUCUAUGUACAUGUUGAACCACAGAACUGUUGUCUUUCAGUGUCUACAGCCAUUCCUUUCCCUCUGCAGUAAAUACUGCGUACUAUUCUAUUGUGUUUGUAUCUAGGAUUAAUUACGUGUUUACUUAUAUGCCACCACAUAUGGAGCUGUGGGUCGCUAGAUGAUACAGUGUUGUAUAUUUAUAUGUUUUCAACUGUAAAUCCAUGUACCCUUUGUUAUUUGUCAUUAAACUGUAGACAUGUGA